AUGCCUAUCCCCGAAGAUCUCUCGCAUCCUUCUGCCUCCCAGGUCAUGGAGUUCGCAGCCGCCUACGCGGAGCUUCUGAGAUCCCUGUUCAACCAUCCGCAGUUCAGGUACCUCGAGCCACCGACCGCUGCCAUGUGCAAAAUGGAUGCCAAAUCCACCCCAGCACAACUUAUCUACGCGUCAGACUUCGUCCAGAAAACGUACGUCGAGUACGUGAUCCCCUGGCUCCCCGCCGGCGCCACGCGGAAGUGCAAGAUCCUCGGCAACCCCUGGGCCUUUGCCGACCCCGACUACCGCUGGGAGUGGGAGUGGGACGCCACCGCUGGGUCCAUGAAGACCGCGGACGGCGCGGCUGUGGAGUUCCCGCGCUUCUCUGACGCCAAGGCGAAGGAGAUGAUCGGAGAUUUGUUCUUCAGGGGCUUCAUGGCCAAGAAGGCCAUCCUGGAGAACGGGACGGAUCGGAAGGCGGCGCUCAUGAUGGGAGGAGCGUACGACUUUGGGCAGGAGGUGCGACAGGCUUGUGAGAAGCUGGACUGA